GAGUUCCUGUGCAACCUUCAUUCCACUCCACAAAGGGAGAACAUAUGUUGGAGAUUUAACGGAACAGAGAGAGUCACACAGAGCUUUCAGACUGGACUGCUUUUUUUGUUGUUGGAUUACUUCCUUCAAGUCAGGGUCUUCAUGUGUUUGAGUCUUCGCAUGAAUGUGAAAGUUUGUGUAAAGUGUAAAUGUGAGUGUUAGACAUGGAUACAUCCUCUGUUCUCAGCUCUCCUGUCCUGGGCCUGUUACUCUCUCUUCAUCUACGCUGCCACCUCCUUGUUUGGGCCGCAAUGGACUCCUGCUCUGACGAGGAGGGAGGCCCGAGCCGCUGCAUGCCCAAGUUUGAGAACAUUGCCUUCAAUCGUACUGUGGUGGCAUCAAAUGUGUGUGGCUCCCCACCUGAGGAAUACUGCAUGCAGACUGGCUCAACGCGCUCAUGCCACUACUGUGACGCAUCACACCCAGACCUGAGCCACAAUACCAGCCUCCUGACAGAUUUCCACAGGAAUGAGGAGAACACGUGGUGGCAGAGCCAGUCCAUGUAUUAUGGUAUCCAGCAUCCCAGUUCUGUCAACCUCACCCUCCACCUGGGGAAGGCUUUUGAUAUAACCUACAUACGACUGAAAUUUUACACCAGUCGGCCGGAGAGCUUCGCCAUUUACAAGCGCACUGAACGGGAUGGGCCCUGGUUGCCUUACCAGUACUACAGCGCCUCUUGUAGGAAGACCUAUGGGAAGGAUGCCAAGGCUUACAUUCGUCCAGGAGAUGAUGAGAGGACUGCUCUAUGUACGGAUGAGUUCAGUGAUAUUUCCCCCCUCACUGGAGGAAAUGUGGCUUUCUCCACGCUGGAGGGACGGCCGAGUGCGUACAAUUUUGACCAAAGCAUUGUGUUGCAGGAAUGGGUGACAGCCACUGACCUGCUGAUCUCUUUGGACAGGCUUAACACGUUUGGAGAUGAGUUCUUCAAGGACACUAAAGUGUUGCGCUCGUACUUCUAUGCCAUCUCUGAUUUUUCUGUGGGUGGCAGAUGUAAAUGUAACGGUCACGCCAGCGAGUGUAUCGAGGGGGAACAGGGGAGUCUGGUCUGCGCCUGCCAACAUCACACAGAAGGAGAUGACUGCCAGAGAUGUCACCCCUUUUACCAGGAUAGACCCUGGUCCAGGGCCACCGGGGACUCAGCCAACGAGUGUUUAAAGUGUAACUGCAGUGGGAGGUCGGAUGACUGCGUGUUUGACAUGGAGCAGUACCGCAGCACUGGCAGUGGGGGGCGCUGUGUGAGCUGCAGAGACAACACUGAUGGACCCCACUGUGAGCGCUGCAGAGAGAACCACUACAGGAAAACUGCUGAGGAGCCCUGCCUACCCUGCAACUGCAAUAUUAAUGGUUCAGUGAGUCUGCAGUGUGAUGUAGAGGGAAGGUGUGCGUGUCGGGCUGGCGUGACAGGGGAGAAGUGCAACACGUGUCAGCCCGGCUUUCAUUCGCUUGGCCCUGGUGGCUGCAGGCCGUGUGAGUGUGAGCCCAGCGGGAGUGUGGACCACUGCUCUCCUCUGGAUGGACGUUGUCGUUGUAAAGCCAACGUGGAGGGACAGAGCUGCGACAGAUGCAAGCCAGGCUUUUUCAACUUGCAACAAGUGAACCCAGCAGGCUGCCAAGCGUGUUUCUGCCUUGGCCACUCGCUGGCCUGCUCCUCAUCCAGUCAAUAUGCUGCUGUCAACAUCAAGUCUGACUUCAUGGAAGAUCACGACGGCUGGUCGGGAGAAUUCUCUGGAGGGCAGGAGUACCCACUGCUGUGGAAGGAAGGUGAAGUCUACCUGCUGCCUCUUACUGAGGAUGACAUCGGUUUCUACAAAGCUCCUGAGAAAUUCCUGGGUCAUCAAGUCUACAGCUACGGCCAGCUCCUCUCCAUCACCUUCACCUCCGAGACUGCUGAGCUGCUCCCCGACCACAUCACCCUGCUCCUCCAUGGCUCUGGAUUGGCCCUGUCUGCUGACCUUUCUCCUGAACCUGUGCUUGACCAUGACCCCGGCCUCACGCCGCGGCACGCCUUCACUGUCAGGCUUGAUGAAAAUGAGAGGAGAUUUAAACCUGCGUUGUCUGCCUUUGAUUUCCAUCGUCUUCUUUACAACCUGACAGCUCUCAAAAUCAGCAACGCUGGAGGACACAACUACACAUCUCAGCUCGCGGGGGUGACCCUGACCUCAGCUUUCAUGUCCUCUGGUCCAGCCAGCCCCCCUGCCCCAUGGGUGGAAUCUUGUUCCUGUCCCCCGGGUUUUACUGGCCAGUUUUGUGAGAGCUGCGCCCCAGGAUUCACCCGGGAAGAUCCUCUCAGAGGGCCUCUGUCAACAUGUGUGCCGUGCAACUGUCACCAGCAUGGAGCCUGUCACCCAGAGACAGGUGUGUGUGAGUGCUCAGACUUCACCACAGGCAUGACCUGUGAGCGCUGCCUGGAUGGUUACUAUGGCAACGCUUUGAUUGGCACGCCUGCUGAUUGUCAGCCUUGCCCUUGCCCGGACCGUACCAGCUGUGUUCAAAUUGCAGAGACAGGACAGGUGGUCUGUACCAACUGCCCUACAGGACAGACAGGGAUGCGCUGUCAGAUGUGUGAAGACGGUUACUAUGGUGACCCCCUGGGACAAUCUGGGGCAGCUAGACCGUGUGCGAGAUGCGACUGCAACGGCAACGUGGACUUCAAUGAGGUGGGAAUAUGUGACCACAGCACUGGGCGAUGUCUGAAAUGCCUGGGACACACAGAGGGUGACCACUGCCAACGCUGCCAGCGGGGCUUCUACGGCGAUGCCCUGAGCCAGACAGCCAGCCAGAAGUGCAAGCCGUGCAGCUGCAAUCCUGCUGGAACUUCUGGCCACGUCAAUGAAUGCCACCCUCAGACAGGAAACUGUCAGUGCCUCAGUCAUGUGACCGGACGGGAUUGCAGUUAUUGUGAAACUGGCUUUUUCAACCUCCAACCAGGUGUAGGAUGUGAGAGGUGCAAGUGUCAUCCAAUUGGCUCGUCGUCCGUCGCAUGUCAUCCAGUCACAGGGCAGUGUGUGUGUCGUGCAGGAGUGGAGGGGAGUCUGUGUGAUUCUUGCCGCGCUGGCUUCUUUGGAUUCUCCUCACGAGGUUGCAGAGCCUGUAACUGUGACCCGAUGGGAUCCAUUUCCAUGCAGUGUCAUGGUAACGGCACCUGCCACUGUCGCCAAGGCUUCGUGGGUUAUAAGUGUGACAAAUGUGAGAUGAACUAUUUCCACAGCAGAGCCACACUCCAGUGUGAGGAAUGCCCAGUUUGCUAUGGGCUUGUCAAGAAGCAGGCCGAGCAGCUGAGGAGUCGCCUGCAGGAUUUGGAGAACCUCUUGGCUCACUUUGAUUGCCGAGGUAGAUUUGGGAAGCAGCAGCGCCACCUGCUGAAGUAUCACAUGGCCAGGCUUUAUGACCAUGAGCACCAGGGGGAGGAUACUCUACCCAACGCUCUGGAGGAUUUCCUGGCCUUCCAAGAAGCAAAAGAGGCCUUCAUAAAACAAUUUUCCUUGCUGGAAACUUCUACGGGCAGACUCUUAGCCCAGCUGCAUGGCAUUGCAUCUGCUUUGAACUGCAGCAUCAGCAUGACAAAGGGAGAGAGGAAGGAGAGCAGGAAGGAUGAAGGGAGCAGGGGUGUGUGUCAAACCUUCACAGAGGUGAUUUUCAUGAUCAGAGCAUCUCAGAAGCAGCUGAAGCAGGCAACACUGGACCUGGACAACAUGAUUAUUCCUUUUGAGGUGGUGUCAGGACCGAACAAAUGGAACAUUAUGGUCAAUGAAUCACAGGCCCUGAUGACAAGGCACAGAGAAACAGCCGGCCGCAUUGAGGCCGUGGCCAUCAGGGCGGUAAGAGCCUCAAAGCAGACCUUCGGUUUCCUGAUGGAUCUGCUGCAGGACAACUCCACAGAGGAGUACAUCAGGAACUUAACGGAGCGAAUCACACAAAUGCAGCAGCAGAAAGACAACCUGAGAGCGCAGGUGAAUGAUACCGUAGCCAAACAGCUGGCCCUGGAGGAGGAAGCUGCUGGUUUAAAGCUUGCCCUGAGUAACAUCACAUCAUCCUUACACCCACUGGCUCUGACAGAUGACAGCCCAUCACUGGGGCCUGACCAAACACAUCCAACCAACCACACAGCAGAGUGGGGCGACAGCCUGCUAAAAAAGACAGAAGAGCUGGACCAGCAAAUUCAGACCAAAGACGACCUCAUCAGCAAGACUGGGCAGGAGAUGGAGCCUCUAAAACAGACUGCAAAUAAGAAACUGGAGAUGGUGGAUGUCAUCAGUGAGCUGCAAGUUCGCGCCCAAGGGGCAAAGGUCAUGGCUUUGUCGUCAGUGGUGACAGGGAAAGAGGUGGAAUCAGAUGCAAUCACACUUCACAGGGAGCUAAAAAAUAUGGUGAGGGAGUGGCCCCGUCGGCAGGCCCAGACCCAGGCUGCAAUGAAGAAAGAAAGUCCCCUGAAGGAAAAGGUUCUAGCCGAUGUCAGGAAAAGGAUCUCGCAGAUUGAGAGGACAUUAAAACCCGCUCUGGAAAACUCUAGCCUCUCCAGUAACACCACGAAAGAGGCAGAACAAACAGCACAUGUUGUGGCAAAGGAAUCCAAAGCCAUUCUGACCCAGGCCAAACAUACCAGGACUGCAUCUGUUCACCUUAGCUCCCAUAUAGACUCUGCUUUACAACAGCUGGCUGAGCAGGAGAUGCUAACCGACACAGCAAAGUCCCAGAUCCCUUCAGAGCCUGAGGCAUCCCUGGCCAGCAUAAAGGAAGACAUGGAAGCAGCCAAGCUCCAGUUAAAGGCUUAUUCUGUCACACUAACUGAGCUAAUCAGCAAGAUCGAUGGGAACGUGCCACUGGAGAGAUUUGACCGGAUCUUGAACGAGACGGCGCGCCGUCUGCACAUGCUUCGCGGUAGUGUUGAGAGCCCAGCGCUGGGCCUGAAAAUCCAGAGCCUGCAUUCGGCCGCUAAGGAACAGCAGAGCCAGAUGUCCCUCAUUGAACAGGACUUACAGGAGAUCAGAGAGGAGAGAGACAGUCUCAGGGACAUCGCAUUAAACCUGCCUCAAUCCUGCCCCCAGGCCACAGCAACAGGGAAAAGUUAGACACUGUAGGCAACAGUGAUUAAGUCAUUGAUUAGACAGCUGAACAUCAGAAAAGACUGGGAGGAUUUUGUUGUGGUCAUUUUUUUUAUUUUACUUCAAAAAUGUCAGUAACAUCCUCUCAUAUUUUUCCUUUCCACCGAAUCCAUCUCCACCAAAAGCCUCAGACGUAUCCUCUGUCUCCCAUGAUUUAUACCUAAUAUUUCUCUUUUUCUUUCUGUUUUUUUUCUCUCAUUUUUUUUCUCCCACUCCCACUUUUUUUUCUUUUUUCCCCAACAACAUCAGAACUUUAAUUUCACCAUGAAUAAUAACCAGCCACUCUGGACUACUGGAGUGCACUGUCAAGUUUAAAAUAAUGCUGAUUUUUCUUUGUGGGGGUAAAAGGUGUGUCUGAGUGCUCCUCCAGACUGACACAUUCAUUUACACUUGAGCUCUUUUUCAUCAGCCUAGCUUAAUUAACAAUUAGUCCUCUUGGCCUCGGUGGGGUUCAGGUCAGGCUUCAACAGCACACAACCUGAGCUGAGGAUUUUUACAGUGCCUACCUCUUUGUUUUUGUCAUUUCUCCAUUUUUCCUCCUCUCUGUGUCACUAUCAAAUGGGCUCACGAUUAGUCACACCGUGUGGUUCCUGGUGAACAAAAUGUAAAAACUAAUUAUCUUUGUAUGGCGAAUAUUGUAUUUACAAGACACAUUAAGCAUCACACAAAAGCAUGUAAGAAACACGUUUCUUAAAUCUGUAGACGGUGGUUCAAGGAAUUUUUCAGAAAAGAAAAGCAAUAAAAUAAGUGUUCAAACUGGAAAACAUUCUUUCGAUUUGUGGAUUUUUCUAAACUGAAUAUGGCCUCAUCAUUCAGCGCAG